GGGCGCGCCGGGCAAGGUGACCUGGCUCAUCGGGGCGCGCGUGGACGGCGACUUGGUUGCGGGAUCCCCGGAGUUCUGCAAGAACCAGGUCGCAGCGCUGAGGAAGAUGCAUUGCUACGGCAAGGCCAUCUCCUGCACCCAGAAAGAGUACGAGGAGCACGCGGAGAGCAUCGAGAGCGCGCCUUUGCGCGCGGCACGACGCAAGCAGAAGGAGAGCAUGAUCACGGCAGAGGAACGCAAAGCGAUGCAUCGAGUUAAUGGACAAGUGCAGUGGCAGGUCAGAUCUACGACAAUGGACUCCGCGUUCCAACUGGUUGAAAGCCAGACGCGAGCGCGCGACCCAGAGACCGCGCAGGACAUCAUAGAGAUCAACAAUGUGAUCGCACAUGCUAAGGCGUACCAGGUGGAUAUCCUAUUCCAGCGCAUCGACCUGGCCACUGCGGCGGCGGUUGCGAUCGGUGACUCUAGCUUCGCGAACGUGGGCAAAAACAAGAAUGCCAGCCGAGCCUGGCUCAACAUCAUGAUGGCCGAGAACGAUGACAAGUAUGUCCGAGGAGAUCGUAUGCGAGCUCAUAUUGCCGAAAUGCAUUACAAGCUGGAUUGUCGGGCACACGCCGAUGACGUGGCGAUCGACACGAUGAUCCAUGCGACGGAUUGCAAGUUGCUCUACGAUCUGCUACAGAAGCGCGGCACGUUUCCCAGCGAACGCAGGCUAUGGAUCGACAUCGAGGCGCUCCGCAACGACAUCAAGGAAUCGAGCCUGGUCUCCAAGUGGGUGAACACACGACAGAUGUUGGUCGAUUGUCCGGCCAAGUGCGACGCUCGGGCGGCAGACUACAUGCUUCACGUGCUGAAGACAGGCUACGACAGGCUCACCGAAGACCCGAAGGCCGACCAGGCGGUCGCCCUGAUGAGGUAUCAGCUGAAGGGCGAGCGUGGCGAGCACCCCAGAGCCAAGUAUCCUAG